CCAUUGCCCGUUAGAACACUGGCCACAGCGCCAGUGGGCUACAGAACAAUGGUUUCCUCCUUCUGUUGGGGCUGCCUCACGCGGCUUCCCUCUGCGCCUCGCGCCCUUCUCCCGCCGACAUUAACAGCACAGCGAGUCGCGGCCUUCCACACGUCAACCGCACUUUUGGCUGCCAAGAAGGGUGCCUCUGCCCCGAAGUACCGACAGGGUACAUCUAUGACGAUGAAGAAGAAGAAGAGACCAGCCGAGAGGACGCGUCCGCCGGCUGUCGGAGAACGCAAGGCCCUCCGCAAACGCAUCGUCCUCAGCAACCCCAAUGCCCUUGAGAUUCCGGACAUGAAGGAGGUCUCCAACGAGACCAUGGUCGACAGUCGUCUUCGUGGAUCGGUCCUUGGACUUCCCGUGCCCAUGCUCGAUCAAUUGCGGGCCGUCCAGGCCUUCCAGCCCAAGCAAGGCUGGUCGAUAUUUCGCCGGCCCGGAACCGUGGUGAGACGGGAGACUCUCGAGAUCGCAAGGCUCAUUGACGGCAUUUCCGGUGAGGGUGAGGAGAAGGGAAAGGUGGUGAAGAAGAUCGUCUCCGGUGCCAGGGCUACCGGAAAGACCGUCCAUUUGCUGCAGGCUAUGUCCAUGGCCUUUACCAAGGAAUGGGUUGUGAUCACGGUCCCCGACUCCCAAGAACUGGUCACUGCUACUACCGCCUAUGCGCCGCUCUCCGACGAGAACCCGAACGUAUAUGUCCAGCCCGAAGCGACCGCUGCUCUCCUCUCCCGCACCGUUACGGCCAACCCGGUCCUGUCGAAAUUGAAGGUCUCUCGCGAACACACCGGUCUCAAGGCGCCCGUGCCGGCCGGUACGACGCUGGAGGACCUGGCUAAGAUGGGUAUCAAGGAUCCUGCUGUUUCCUGGAACGCCUUCCAGGCUCUGUGGGCUGAGCUCGGCGCCAAAUCUGCGGCUCCUGGUUUCGAGAAGGGCUUUCAGCCUCGCCCUCCUAUGCUCGUCACCGUGGAUGGCAUUGCUCACUGGAUGAAGGAGUCCAAGUACAACAACGUCGAUGUCCAGCCCAUCCACGCUCACGACCUUCUGUUCGUCCGUCACUUCCUCUCUCUGCUGAAGCCCGGUACCGGCCAAUCUUCUCUGCCUAACGGCGGUAUGCUGCUGUAUGCCACCUCCGCCUCCAACAGCCCCACCAUUCCCACCCUCGACGUCGCUCUUAAGCAGGUGGCCGCUCGCCAGGCCGGUGUGAGGCCAUCUGCCCCGGAGUUCCCUCACCCCGAUCUGUACGCCAAGACAGACCAGCGCGUCCUCGACGCAUUCGAUUCCUACGGUCUCCCCGCGCCCAAGGAAGGCACACUUGAGCUGCAGACUCUAGCCGGUCUGACCCGCGAAGAAGCCCGCGGUUACCUGGAAUACUUCGCUCACAGCGGCCUUCUUCGCGAGAACCUCACGGAUGAGUGGAUCGGUGAGAAGUGGAGUUUGGCUGGAGGCGGCGUGAUCGGUGAGCUCGAAAGGAUCGGAAGACGCCUGAGAGUGAACACUGCUUAGACAGACAUCAUAGGGGGUUUUUCAUCCCUUUUUAUGCUCUCGGGUCUUUUUUGCUUGAGAGCAAUGUAGACAUUAUGUUAGCCUUACCUUACCAUCACCCUCAUCUUUUUUUUUUCCUUUUCUUUCUCCUUUACUUUUUUUUGCCCCC